AUGGAGAGAAGCCAAGGUUGGACCGUCAUUUCUAAUCUAGCCCUUUCUGACGUUCGUUGGAUAAGAGGAAGCCAUAAUCAAAGACCACGCACUAGAAGGCCACAAAAACAACUUAAAAUCCUAGAUGCUUUCAAGAGAACAGAGUCUUCCAAGAUCAACAGGCUCAAACAGAAUCAUGCUCCGUCUAUAGCCACCCUUAGAAAGAGUCCAACUCAGAAUCGAGCGGUUGAUAUCUCUUUAGAUGAUCAGUUAGGUCCAAUUGGACAACAAGAAAUCAUCGAUAUUUCCUCCGACCAUGAAGAUCUAGCCUCUAGUCAAGACUUGAGGAUCGCCAAUAUUACUGGCCAGUAUGUUGGAGCCCACGAAUUGAGAUCAUACUCACCUU